AUGGAGUGUUUCAACGGGGUUGCAAUUUGCCGACUGCCGGCGCCCGUAGGUUGUCGGCUACGCUACACCGCGGUCCACCGGACGUUUUGGGAACGCGACCGUAAGGGCGGCUACAAGUCGCGGGACCCACCCGUUCCUACGACCGAACUAAUCCGGAACGGACUGAAGGAGUUACGACAAGAACUAGCGCUUUAUGCGGAGGAAUGGAAAGCACGAUUGGAGAGCGAUCCGCUCAUGGUAUUCCGGCCGGGCGAAAUCGAUGUCGUGUUUGCGUUCGAGCAGCAGCAGGAUCGAGAGCGAUGGGUCGUUACGACGGAUCACGAUCAUGGCGAAGGUUAUACGCGAGCCUGUUUCGAGCAAAGUCCCACCGGCUACGGGCUGUUUCACGGUACUCUCGAAUCACGCGUUCCCAUCGACGGGCGAAUCAAACGGGCCGGUUAUGCGAACAUUAAGAGCCACCGCGUCCGAAAAUCCUUCAAACGGGAGUCAUUCUACGACUGGGGUCAGUACAAUACGCUCGUGCUAAAGGUGCGCGGUGACGGUCGCUCUUACCUGAUCAAUCUCAGUGCGGAAGGGUACUACGACAUCCUGUGGAAUGAUAUUUACCAUUACGUUCUGUACACGAGAGGUGGACCUCACUGGCAGGUGACGAAAAUACCAUUCUCGAAAUUCUUUCUCGCUUCGAAGGGACGCGUACAAGACAGCCAAGGGCCGGUGCCACUCAAUCGCAUCACGAACGUUGGCUUUUCAGUGGGAGCCCGCGGCGACCAUGAGGGCGAGUUCCGGUUAGAGAUAGAUUACAUUGGCGUAGAGUUUGAUCCGUCACACCAGGAAGAGUUUGCGUAUGAGAUGUACAAGCAGCAAAAAUACAUCGUCGCCACGUAGUACGUAGUUGGAAGAUAUGUUUGUUAAACCUUUGUUAACAUGUUAGGUAGCACUUUAGUAAUAGGUUGAAUCAUCGUUAAAAGAAAACUAUUGUGUUUUGUGUUUUAUUGUACACCAGCCGAAUCCCUUGUCGUC